CUGUACCACUGCUUCACGCUAUAAAGCCUUUUGAAGACACACAGUUUGCGUGGAAGAGGUUGUACCCAAGAUGAUCCCAGUCCGGCACACUCUUGCAUGAGUAGUUCCACUGGCUUCAGUGAGACUAGACUGUUCGCACGGGUACCUUUUGUGGGAGUGAAAAACUACUUACAUCUCUGCAUGAUCUAUCGGGACCUUGGGUCCAAGCAUGCAGAGUUGAGUGAAGGGUUGGCCAUUCAAAGUGACAGAAAAUAUCAAAGAAGAGACCUAAAAUGAGAUCUGCUUAGUGUGACGUCUCUUCAGAACAGUUCCACAAAGUGCAAUUACACGACGUUCCGAGCACCUUUGAUAAAAAGCCUGACCCUAGGACAAUCCUUUUCCAAACGUAGCAUUUUGUCACCUAAAAUCCAGAUCCUGGCAGUGAAGUAAAUGGCUCAACUUCCCCCUGGAGUUCGCUUCAUUGUUUUAUUUACAAGAGAUCAGUGGUGCAGGGCCUUCAUUUUUGUUCUUACCUUUUUGUUAUAUGCUAGUUUCCACUUGUCAAGGAAACCUAUUAGUAUAGUUAAGGGAGAACUACAUAAGCACUGUGCUCCUCCAAAUGAAGUUGAACUCAACUCCUACAAAGAAUAUGCCAUCCAGAUUCAGCCUGUUAAAAAGUUAUCUAAUGAGUCUCAGUGUGGUUGGGAGCCAUUUGACAAGAACAAUUACAAACAAUUACUGGGAACCCUGGAUUACUCAUUUCUGUGUGCUUAUGCAGUUGGAAUGUAUCUGAGUGGUAUAAUAGGAGAGCGACUGCCUAUCCGGUAUUAUCUAACAGUUGGAAUGCUUGGCAGUGGACUCUUCACUGCAAUGUUUGGGUUGGGCUAUUUCUAUAAUAUACAUAACCUGUGGUUCUACAUGAUAGCUCAGAUAGCUAAUGGAUUGGUGCAAACCACUGGCUGGCCCAGUGUUGUUACCUGCAUUGGCAACUGGUUUGGAAAAGGAAGGAGAGGUUUGAUCAUGGGAAUCUGGAAUUCUCACACUUCCGUAGGGAAUAUCUUAGGAUCCUUAAUUGCUGGUUACUGGGUAUCUACCUGCUGGGGUCUGUCUUUUGUGGUUCCUGGUGUUAUAAUUGCUUGCCUGGGGAUCGUUUGUUUUCUAUUUCUCAUUGAACACCCUAAAGAUUUAAGUUGCGCUUGCAAACCAUCCAGUAGCUCAAAGUCCUACAUGAAUGGUACAAAUAAAUUCGGAGUCCAUAAGCCAACCUUAAAUCUUAAAGAAACCGACAAACUUCAGGAUCCAGCGAUGCAGUAUUUGCUUCCUGACAGAGAGAACUGCACGGUGCCACUGAACCAUAACAUGGCAGUCAAUGGGGAAGGUGGAACUAGAAUGUCAGCUAUAAGCUUCAUAGGUGCUUUGCGAAUACCUGGAGUCAUAGAAUUCUCUCUCUGUUUGUUGUUUGCUAAACUAGUCAGUUACACUUUCCUUUUCUGGCUUCCACUCUAUAUCACAAACGUAGAGCAUCUUGAUGCGAAAAGAGCUGGGGAUCUUUCCACAUUGUUCGAUGUGGGUGGAAUCUUUGGUGGCAUUUUGGCAGGCAUGAUAUCAGAUAGAUUGGAAAAAAGGGCUUCAACCUGUGGAAUGAUGUUACUACUAGCAGCACCUGCUCUAUACAUGUUCUCUGCAAUCAGUAAAAUGGGCCUAGAAGCUACCAUAGUUAUGCUGCUUAUCAGUGGAGCCCUGGUGAAUGGUCCUUAUGCGCUGAUCACCACUGCGGUCUCUGCUGACUUGGGUACCCAUAAAAGUCUGAAAGGAAAUGCAAGAGCCUUGUCCACAGUUACGGCUAUCAUCGAUGGAACAGGUUCUGUAGGUGCUGCUUUAGGGCCUCUGUUAGCUGGUCUCAUCUCUCCCUCUGGUUGGAACAAUGUAUUUUACAUGCUAAUGAUGGCAGAUGCAUGUGCCUUACUAUUCUUACUCCGUCUUAUACGAAAAGAACUCCAGUGUAAGAUGGACCAGACCUUGUUUAAAGAACACUGAAUUAUGAUAUCUCAGACAUGUGUGAUCAAAACUACGCCCUCAAAAGACUGUGGAAUAAAUUAUUCUGUAUUUUGUGAUUUGUCUUGUGGAGCAUUUUGCACAUUUACCAGGAGAGGAUUGAGAAAUUCAGCUGGUGAAAUCCUGGUGAAGUUUUUUUUUUUUGUUUUGUUUCCUGUUUGCACAUACAUCCAUCUCUCAGGAUGGUGACUGUUUAUCACACGAAGAGACAGGAGCUUUGGGAAGCUGCUAGCUGUAUGCCUUAACUGAGCCAAAAAAGAAAUACCAAGUGCCUUUUGAUUCAUUUUGAUAGGAUAUUUGAAGUAAACCUUAAACUGCUUAUUUUUAACAAAAUGCAGGGAGAUUUGAGAGUAGAGCACAAAGAAGAAAAUGAACUCUCUUCAGAUGCUUCAGCAGUGGAAUGUGCCAAUGGUAUUAGCAAAGCAUUUGUGAGCCAAGUGUCCUUUAAGAACAUAAGAAUGGCCAUACUGGGUCAGACCAAAGGUCUGUCUAGCCCAGUAUCCUGUCUGCCAACAGUGGCUGAUGCCAGGGUCCCCAGAGAGAAUGAAUAGAACAGGUCAUCAUCAAAUGAUCCAUCCCAUGUUGCCCAUUUAUGCCACCUCUUAAAAGAUAAGGUCAUCACACUCUAUGUGAAAGUACCAGCUGUUUCAGAUUCACUGCUAUUCAAUAUCCUGAAACAGUUUAAACAGUAAGAAAAUAGUCCGACCAUAUUAUCAGACUUUAACUACAGCACUAAUUUAUCCUACACUGUAAAAUCCCAAGAGCAGCAUUCUGCUCUUUUAUGUAUAAUAUAUUGGAACUUGUACAUAAGUAGUUACAAUUUGCUGUGUGUGU